UGGCAACAAACCCGUGGUUGUUACACGUCAAACGACGAUUUCCAAUAAAAUGUUCUCUAAAUUAUUACUUUAACUGGUUAAAUGAAAUAAAUAAAGCUUGUAAAUAGUACUUUACAUAAUUCGGAAGGCACUCAUAUGCUUAUCUGGAAAAGUUUAAAGAUCGCUACGUCCGCUAAAUGAAUUAGACUAGUGAACCUUAUCAGACAAAAUGGGUGGUUUAUUUAGUUACUUCAGAGGGUUACUAGGGGCACGAGAAAUGCGUAUUUUGAUCCUCGGAUUAGACGGCGCCGGGAAGACGACAAUCCUAUACAAAUUGCAAGUGGGUGAGGUGGUCACUACUAUACCCACCAUCGGGUUCAAUGUAGAACAGGUCACGUACAAAAACCUCAAGUUCCAAGUGUGGGAUCUCGGAGGACAGACCAGUAUUAGGCCCUACUGGCGAUGUUAUUAUGGCAAUACAGAUGCUAUAAUUUAUGUUGUAGACUCUGCAGAUAGAGACAGAAUAGGGAUAUCAAAAGAUGAAUUGGUUCAUAUGCUAAGAGAAGAAGAACUAGCUAAUGCAAUACUAGUGGUGUUAGCGAAUAAGCAAGACAUGGCGGGCUGCCUGACCGUGGCGGAGGUGCACCAGGCGCUGGGGCUGGACGCGCUGCGCGACCGCACGUUCCAGAUCUUCAAGACAUCGGCUGUGCGGGGCGAGGGGCUCGACCAGGCCAUGGACUGGCUUUCCAGCGCGCUGCAGGCCAGGAAAUAACGAAUAAUUACCCAUGAGCUUCGAAUAACGGGAUGCGGGAAGGAGAUAGCAGCCAGUGGCCCAGAGCGCGGGAGAGAGAUAGUAAUACCAUUUACACCUGUAACUAAAAUAGCGUUAAGUACUUAGCGUCGCCGCUUAAACCGUCGAAUGUGUUAGCCUUCCAUUAUGCGGGGUACAGACAUAUGACCAACUCUGGCCAAAGCAAAUGGGUUCGAGAGACUGCCAACUC